AUGGGUCGGCGUCCGGCGAAGUGCUACCGAUACAACAAGAACAAGCCCUACCCGAAGACCCGCUACUGCCGUGGCGUGCCUGACCCGAAGAUCCGAAUCUUUGAUGUCGGAAAGAAGAAGAUGCCGUGCGAUGAGUACCCCUCAACGGCCCACUUGGUUUGCGACGAGGACCAGCAGCUGACCAGUGAGGCCUUGGAGGCUGCACGCAUUGCCGUCAACAAGUACAUGAUCACCAAUGCCGGAAGAGACUUCUUCCACAUCCGCAUGCGACCUCAUCCUUUCAACGUGCUGCGUAUCAACAAGACCUUGUCCUGCGCCGGUGCGGAUCGUUUGUCAAGCGGAAUGCGAGGGGCCUUCGGGAAGCCCUACGGAACGGCGGCCCGAGUGGACAUCGGCCAGGUUCUGAUCUCUGUGCGCACCAAGGAAGAGAAGAUCAAUAUCGCUGUCGAAGCGUUGCGCCGUGCCAAGUUCAAGUUUGCUGGUCGCCAGAAAGUGCACAUCUCCAACAAGUUUGGCUUCACUCGCUUUACGAAGAAGGAGUACCACAACUGGAAGGCUCAGGGGCGUCUCAUCCCGGAUGGUACCAAUGUGCGCUGGCUGUCGAGCCGUGGACCCCUGUGGCGACUGAUCGGCCGUGAUAACGCCUGA